UAUUUAUUAUCAAAUGCAUGCACUAUAAAUUGAAAAUUGGCAUUAAUAAAUUGUUUAUAAAGUGCGUCAUUUCUAAAUAGUUCUGUAUACUUAGUUCAAUAUUUAGCAGCAGCUGUUGAUUAUUUUGUUUUCCUCUGUUAGGACCUGAUGAAAUUCAAAUAUCCCGCCGAUGUUUCCGCUAUGUUUCUUUGCUCCGAUCAACUUUGUUCUCCUGAAAUGCCAAAGCGUGUCAGAGACAGUUCUGUGGACCUGCCUCUACGGUGACAGUGUCAUGUAUAAAUGAACCUCGUGUGUGUAUCAAGACUCUUGACCAGGCAGUGGCCACCGUGGGGAAGUGCUAUACUGCGCAUGUCACACUAUUCCCGGAGCAAAUUGAGUUACUCACCAGAGCUCCUUCUAAGGUGUUUAUUUCCGGUCCUCCGGGAACAGGAAAAUCAACUGCUCUGCUCCAGAUGGGUACACAUUGGAUGCAGGAAGGCAGACAGGUUUGCAUCUUGAGCACCUGGGAUCGCAGUCUUGCAGCAACAUUUAGGCUGCGCCAUCUUUUGGAGGAGAUACGUAAACAAGAUUGUACAUCCUUGAUCACGGAAGGAUGUGUGAUAUUCAUAAGGAAAAAUUUUAGAAAAAAGCAGGAAGUCGAUGAAACGUUGACUGAGCUAGUGGAGCUUGCUUGUCAGGGACCUUUGUCUGUCAUUGCUGACGAAGUCGGGCCUGUCUUUGAGUCAGAGAACUACAUCUUUCCAGACUUCUGCGCAAAUCUUCUAGACCGUUGUCGGUCUCGAGGUUGUGAUCUCCAUUUUUGGGCGUCAAGUUGCUAUGAUAAUGUCGCUCCAGAAGAUCUUUACGAUGGAGGAUCAGAGGGCUGGGAACUAGUUCACUUCACUAGGUCACUCCGCUCCCCGCCAUCUGUUCUGCGAGAAAUCAGAUUGGCGGUAGAGAUUACCAAAGACCGUACAGUCCGUGAUUACACUGACCGAGGUUUGCCUGAUCACUCAGACGGUCCACCAGUAAAUUGGUUUCAACAUCAUGUGCCGCAGCAUGGCUGUACAAGAGUUGAGGACUGUGUUGUUUGUGGUGGAGAGGUAGCACGAUUCCUAUGCAAAGAACUUCGAAUAGGCCUGUCUACUUCUUGCAUGGGUUCUAAUUCCAAACCACACGACACUGACGGAUCUCUCGCUAGCAGCAAGUCAACACCAAGCCUACGAUACAAAGAUGUUCUAAUCUUGUCGUGGACCCAGCUUCGUGAGGACGCCCCAGUACUGAGGGCGCUGUCAUCAUACAAUGUUCCAGUGUGUGUGAUGAAAGACUCGGACAUCGAGAACGUUGCUACAGCGCACAGUGACGUGGUCUGGGCUGCCAGACAUCAUCUAAUUUUUGGUUUAAUGAGGAAAAUUGUCGUCGUUCUUAAUAACUACGACGACAGUAAAGGCAAAUAUAUUUCUAUCCGAUUACGCGCCAUGUCGAGGUGUUCAUCACAGUUGGUGGUCGUGUGCCCUCCACCCGAAUGUGAACCGGACUAAUGUGAUAUGCUGAGGACAUCAAUUAAAUUAUGCCGACCAUAACGGUGCAUUUAUACACAUGGACUUCUGAAGACGAUCACAGCAUCGCUUUAAAGUCACUUCACUGUCUCUCAGCAAAUACACAAGAUUCGGCCAAGCUCGGUCAACCAGGGGGUGGGGAAUGAAGACAUGUUCCUUUCAGAAUUCAAAGACCGUAUAAUAUGUUCCUUUAAGCAAAACAGACACGCAAACACGGAGAAAGAUACAAAAUAUGAAUGGUUCUUAUCAUUUAAAGAUCAUUUACAGCCAGAAAAAUACUUAUCAAUUAUAAACAAUAGGUGGAACAGUAGUGCCCUAGCUAGACUUAGAACAAGAACCUUAGGUCUUAAUGCGAAUAAAAGAUGGUUUGAAGCUUCUAUGGAAUUACAUUUAGGUUGUCCAGCUUGUGGAAAAACAACUACUAUAGAAGAUGAAGAGCAUUUCCUGUUUAGCUGCCCAUAUUAUAAGAUCCUUCGGGUGAAUAACCAAUAAGAUGCGACUAAAAGAACUCUUUAAUAAAGAAUUAAUAAGUAGAACAGAGAUUUGUUAAUUAGUUGGUUUGUUGCAAUAGAGUUGGAACAUGUAAGAUAAGUAGUGUGUGUGAGGGUAUGCAUGUGUAAAGUCUCAAUGUCUGAUGGCCAAAGACCUAUUAUAUGGAGAUGUACAUGUGAUUGUUGUAAAAUAUGCUGCAUUGUGUUACCACUAUGUUUAUGUCCCCCCAUGUCAAAAUGACUAUAUGAGCCAUUGACAUUAAAAGAUGUUAUGUCAUGUCAUGUCAUUUAUUUUCAUAGCUUUAUUACAACUGGAUAUUAUUAUUCAAUCGUCCCUGCAUUUUAAAUUGCAGUUUUUCAGAUGCACCUGUGGGUGACAAUAAUUAUAUGAGGUUUAAAAUAUUACGCCACAAACUAUCAAUAAAGGUAAUAAAAAAUGAAAAUGAGAAGACAAAACAAGUUGACUUCACAUGCCUUCCUGGUAUUAUUCAUUUGCGCCAGUUCUCCCAACCCCCACCCUAAGCCAUCUGUAAGCCAGAAAGGAGGGGAACAUUGACGACAAUAGUGUUCAGUACUAGGACUUUGACCAUGACCUCUGUAGAUUGCUGCUGAUUUUUCUAGAUUGCAGCUUCUUAGUUCCCCCAGCUAA